AUGCUCCAGAACGCACCGGUACUCAACGCGCUGUCCUUGUUGGUCGCCAUGAUGCUCGCCCCGAUCAAGAUUCUGCAAUCCAUCACUACUGUAGAGGACCGAGUAUCUGGCUAUCGAUGCUACCCGGCGUAUCCUUCGUCCUACGGCAGCAGCCCUGCGCCGACGCUCUGGAGCACCUCGGGCCCUAUCUCUCAAGCUUCCUGGGGCCCCCUCGCCACCUCUCACUGCACCUUCGGCUCCACGAAGCUGCUGGACUGGAUCUGGGACAGCAGCUGCACCUCCACUGCUACCCGCAGUCCGUCCUGGUCUCUCUACAAUUACCUGCGCUCGGACCCCGACUAUUACCGCUGGGAGUUUGCCAUGGCUACGGAAGUGACUGCAAAGCGAGGGGAUGUAGCCAUGAUGAAGUGGCUGCUGACCCAUUUUCAAGACUGCGAAGUACCCAUCGAGACCGUGGAGCAAGCUGUACGCAAGGGCCAUGUAGCCAUUUUGCAGCUUUUGCUCAAGUACGACACCGGCAGCCAAGAGAUUCAAGAACCAGACGCCAAGAAGAGGAAAGUGGCUACAGAAAGCGGUGCCUCAGAUGAGGGAGAGCCUUCACAAAACGCUGCAGGAGGCCAUGUUGUCCUUUGGAAGAAUCGAGAUCGACAUUGGCGACCGUCUAUUAUGAAAGACGCUAUCCAAAGCGGCAAUGUUCCCGAACUUAGCGAUGAAGAGACUGUAGGAUGCGCAGUCAGAGCAGCGAUGCAAAGCAGCAGUUUGGAGCUCGUCGAGUUCUUUCUGCCUGAGGGCAAAACUGUGCUGGACUUCGUCUCAUUAGCUGGACACUCGGUCGAAGUCGUCGAGAAACUGCUGGAUGAUGGGUAUUUCGAGCGAUUCGAAGUCAUUGACGCGUUAGCUUUACCCAAUCUAGCAGAAGCUGGUCGCUUAGAUCUGCUACAGCGAGCUUCGAAGUACUACAAGCGGAGCAACAAGCACUGGCAGGAGUGCUGGAGAGACGCCCUCUUUGUGGCUUGUCGCCUCGGACACUGCACUGUUGUGCGAUGGAUGAUCGAGCAUCCGAUGUGGCGUGGAGUCCGGAAUCUCAUGAAGCGCAAGAGAACCUUUUCCCGGCUGUUAUGGUACGCUGCCGACCACGGGAGCGUCGAAGUGAUGCAAUCUCUGCACGAUUUAAAAGCCGCAGACAGCUAUGGGGACGCGCUGGUUAAAGCAGUGGCGAAGAAUGACAUGAAGUGCAUUAAUUGGCUGCUCGCUAACUUUCCGCAAUCUGAACACGUGUCAGACUACGCCGUGCUCGAUGAAGCCGCGAGGCGUGGGAAUCUGGAGUUGCUGAAAUACUUUCACAACUUGGAAUCCGUCCCUGGGGUUUCAAGACAACAUAUUCAACCUGAAAACUACAGAUGA